ACUUUUGUUUCAAGUCUUUUGUUAUACUGAGAAAGUUGAGCAUAUGUGUAUAUUUUUGUACUUUAUGAACAAAUGAAGCAAAUCAAUCAAAUCAAAAGUAAAACUCACACAAACUAAUUAUAUUUAUCAGAGCGAUGAUCAACAAAUUUUGUUGAGCUGUCAUUCUACACAUGCUCCUGUAAGUGGCAACGAUGAUGAAUGGGUUCAGAAUGUUAAAGUUGCAGAUAGUUUUUGUAUAAACUUAUUUUUACUCAAAGCGAUUCCAAGUGCGUGAGGAACAACAUGAAGGCCUGGAGAAUCAUUUCCUGUCGUUGCCUUGCUGCCAGCUUCUGGUUGAUGGCUCUGGUGCCUCUGCCCACACGCACUUCCCGAACUCCAUGGCUGGUAGCUGUGGCCAUUCGAUGCAUUUGGGUGGCCUUCUUGUUGUUCGUAGUGCAUGGAGGCUGGAAAUAUGCAAAAAGUAUACCAGAUGGCAGCGGCAUAGUCAGUGCAUACGUUGGAAUCGGCGUGUUUCUGGGCCACUCCAUUGUGGCUCUGAUAUUGAUAGGCGAGAGUAUACUGAAGGGUGCAUCAUUUGCAGAUUAUGAACGUCGUCGACGCAAACUCCAGCUCCAGCGGCUCUGUGCACCGCAAAUAAGAAGAAAAUUGCUGAUUUUGAUUUUUGUAGAAUUUGCUCUCGACAUCGCCAAGACCUGGGCCAAUGCCAAUUCCAAUGUGAACCCAGUGCAUGCAUAUUCCAUGCCCCACACAUGGUUGUUGCGUUUUCGAUUCAUUCAGCUGCUGCAACACGUCAUGGAACUCAACCAACGGUGUAAGCAGCUAAAACACUCUCUGAUUGUGCUCGCAGCCCGCAUUGCACCCAUCUCGAUGCUGUGGCAGCCAUCUAGUACUCAGGAGUGCGACCAGCUGCUGCAACUGCGCCUCAACUACCAGAGUAUCUUUGAGUGCUUUGGGGCCUUCAACAACUGCUAUGGCUGGGGCAUGUUGGCCUUGCUUCUAGUUUGCUCCCUUGAUAUUAUAUCCAAUGCCUACUGGACGAUUCUCUCAGAUUACACAAUGGAAAGCAUUCAUUAUUAUGUCUACAAUGGAUGCACUAGCUUCGCCACAGGACUACUCAUAGUUGCACUCUUCUGGUCUGGUGAUAGGAGUUCUGAAAACAGUCGACAGAUCGGCUGUCUCAUCUCGAAGUUGGCCAAGCCCCUGGGAAGCAAACGAUAUAACGACCUAGUCAGUGAGUUUUCCUUGCAGGCCCUGCAUCAGCGCUUUGUGGUUACGGCAAAGGACUUUUUUAACCUCAAUCUACACCUAUUGAGCAGCAUGUUUGCUGCAGUCGUGACUUACUUGGUUAUCCUGCUGCAAUUUAUGGUUGCCGAUAAGAAUUCCACGGGGCGAAAUCAAAUCAAAAUCGAGUCGAUUCCCACCAACAGUACCAAACUAAUAGAGCCUCAAUGA